AUGGGGUUCGCCUCGGCUUCUCGUGAAGAAAAGCUGAGGAUGAUGAAAACCUCACAUACGAGGAAAACGACGAAGAAGUUGAACCGUUUAGCAAAGAAAAAGAAGUUGUCUCGUAAUGUGAUUGAAGGGUUGAAGGAUAUUAAAGCAAGAAGGUCGAAGGAUUCACGAAAACGAGCUGUUAACGUGGAAGAUGAUUGGAUUGCCGAUCGUGAAGCGCAUUUUGAUGAAGAGAUUGAGGAAAAUCUUCCUUUGGACAUGUUGGAUGCCGAUAUCGAUUGGGAAAACAGUGCCUUUGCAGGAGCAAAGAGGAGACAUAACCAAAAGCAUGAAGAUGCAAGCAAUGAUGAUGGAGAGAUGGACGACGCUGACGACAUUGAAGCAAAACGAAGGAAAUUUCAAGGACAGCUUAAUGAUAAUGUAGAGGAAAUGCUACCCAUCAAACUUAAGGACGGAACCCUUCUGCGACCGACUCGUGCAAAGGAUGAAUACCCUUCCGAUGAGGAAGAAGAAGAAGAACAAGAACAAGAAAAUGAAGAAGAGGCGAAACCAGAAAUGGAAGACUUCUCCAGUUUGAGUGCCUCGGAGCUGCUAGCUAAACGGAAAGAACUGAUUGAUCAAUUUAAACAAACUAUAUCUACAUUUGCUCAUCAGCUUCUUACUAACCCACAGGAAAAUAUCUACAAAUUACGUGAUCUUUUCCGUCUGUGUCAGGGUGAGAAGGUACAUUCCUUGGUUCGAGAAACUGUCCAAAAACUAGCGCUGGUCAGCAUGUUACAGGUUCUUAUCGACAUCAUUCCUGGGUAUUCCAUUCGUGAGCUUACCGCAGAGGAGAAACAGCAGAAGGUUAAAAAAGAAACGAAGAAGCUGCAAACCUAUGAGGAGUCUUUGUUGCGAUACUAUCUGAAAUUUUUGCAGUUCUGUGAAAAAAUGACAGGAAAACUUAACGUGAAAGGCCGAAAAUUGGAUGAGAACUCUUUCACCUACAAAUUAGGGAUGCUGUGUUUGAAGGCGAUGAGUAGACUAGUGAUUUCUGCUCCACACUUUAACUACGCCACAAAUAUCCUCUCAACGCUUAUUCGCCUCUCUCUAAGCAAAGACCAAACAGUCGUUUCUGAAGUAUGCACUACGUUGCAUCAAGUUUUUCGGGAAGAUCUCCAUCUGCGAAUCUCUCUUUUUGGAGCUCGUAGUAUUGCGUCACUUGUAACAAAAAGAAAAGGGCACGUUCCUCCAUCCCUCAUUGCAACAUUCCUUUUCCUGAACAUCAAGGAGGUUAAAAACGAAGAUAAAAAAUCUGGAAAAGGAAGGAUUUUUGCUAAAAGAGCGCUUAUCAAAAAGGAAAAGGCAAAUAAAACUGCCAGAAAGUACAAAAAGCAACUCGACAAAUUAGAGGCUGAUCUCAAGGAGUUGGAUGCUGCAGAAACGUUGUCCACAAAAGUGAAAACAGCUACUGAAACAAUGAAAUACGUUUUCCAAUGCUAUUUCUCAGUCUUAAAACGAGUGCCCAACGUUGCACUGCUAGAACCUGUACUAGAGGGCCUCAACAAGUUCGCACAUUUACUUGGUGUCGAAUUUUUCGAGGAUAUCGUGCUUACCAUGGAAGGUCUCGUAGAUAAAGAGCAUCUUCGCCUUCUCGACCAAUUAUAUUGUAUCAAUACCGUAUUUGUGAUUCUUUCCGGUGAUGGACAGCUUUUGAAUGUUGACCCUUCUCGAUUUUAUCGAUCAGUUUAUCGCGUUCUUAAUCAAUUGCCAUUCGAAAGAAGGCCAGAUCUACGAAAGAAGCAAAUGAUUGUUGUUUCGAAAGCGCUUGAUUUAAUGAUUAACGAACGGCGGAAACAGCUACCUUUAUCUCGAGUUGCCGCUUUCGUGAAACGUCUCCUAAGCAUAGCAACUGUUAUGGAUGAUCCAUCAGCACUGUGUUUGGUUGCACUUGUUCGAAGUUUUUUCAUUGCGCACUCUAAACUUGUACAGUUAGUCGAAGAAGAUGAUGCAGAAGGAGGAGCAGGUGGAGUUUUUCGCUCCGACAUUGAUGAUCCAGAUGUUUCCAAUGCUCUGAGCAGUAAUGUGCGAACUGAGUUGAAGAUGUUGACGAGGCGGAGACACCGUUCGCUGAACCAAUUCGCGCACAAUAUUCUUCAUUCCGUGCCGUCUACUGGUCCCCAUAAGUUGAACCCGCAGCUGACAUCUGUGAAGCCAUGGGUCUUAUUAGAGCGCGAAACAGAAGAUGGUGGAGGAUAUUCACAAGUAGAUAUGAAAUACAUGGAAGAUAUAGAGAAGUAUUUGCAGAAACGCCAACUAACGUUAACACCAAAGAAUCUACAGUUACACAUAACAAACUGGCUGGAAAGUAGACCAUCUUGA